ACCUCCCCAACCGCCCUGAGGCUGCAGCAAGGAGGCGGAGCUGUGUACCGUAGGUCCCAAGGGCGGGCGGAGGCGCGGAGCUGCCUCGGGAGGCUUCGGGGACCAGCAGCCCGAGGGCGGCGCGGCGCGGCGCGGCGGGCGGGGGCCGGGAAGUGUGGCUCAGCGCUCAGGCCUACGCUCCGGCGGGUGAGCGGGGCGGCGGGGCCCAUGGCGGCGUCAGCGGCCCUGUCUGCGGCGGCGGCGGCGGCAGCCCUGUCAGGCCUGGCGGUGCGGUUGUCGCGUUCCGCCGCGGUGCGCGGCUCGUACGGCGCCUUCUGCAAAGGGCUCACGCGCACGCUGCUCACCUUCUUCGACCUGGCCUGGCGGCUGCGCAUGAACUUCCCCUACUUCUACAUGGUGGCCUCGGUGAUGUUCAAUGUCCGCCUGCAGGUGCGGAUCGAGUGAGGGAGCGUACGAGCGAGUGGCAAAACCCCAGCCCCUCCGCCGCCGCCCCUGCCGCCCCCGUACGCGCCCUCCGCCCUAGGCCGCGCGGGAAGGUCGGUGGGCCGCGCCGGGUCGCCUGGCUGCGGCGGGGAGGCCCGGGCACCUCCACCCUAGGGCUCUGCGGAGAGCGAAUGGUGCCGGGCAGCCAGCAGACCAGACCGAGAACCCCUCCCGCGCCGAGAUCUUUCCUGCAGCAUCCAUAGAAUCGCUGGCGUCUGGCAGACCUGUUGCCUCCAGUUGGCCGAAAGGGGGAGAACCGGAGGAGGGAUGCGACUACCCGACUUGAUUGGCCGGGCCCCUGGGCUGAAAGGUAGCUGGUGAUCGCGGGCCUCUGGCCAUGGCAUCUUAAUGCCCAGGCGCCUUGUUUGUUUCUGGAAAUAGGGAAGACACCCGGGCACACCUGCUGUCUAACCCAGUUGGGGAACCAAAAGCCUUGCUCUUCCAUCCUGGUGUCCACCUAGGCUCCCUGCAGCCCCUGUGGUGGGUAUUCCCAAGGCCACAGUAGCCUGUCCACCAGCCAUGAGCAGCCUGGCAACCCACGGUGUACCACAGACCUACCAAGGUAUUGGUCCUUGUAGGUGAUGGCUCACCCAUGCUCUGGGCUUCUCAAGUCGGAUCCCUACCUUGAGGUGCUGUUGUUCCUUUAGCAGUCUUGGGAGCAGCUGGGUGAAAGGCCAGUCUAGAAGAGGAAGGGCUUAUCUGAUAGAGGACCAGAGGGGUGGGGUGGCCCAGGGCUCCUGACCCUGUCAUGGGAAAGAUAUCAGUGUUCCCUGGGCACUGAUAUCUCCUUGCAACACUGUGAGGGAGAUGUGUUCUCCCACCUAAAGAACACUGUGGACCUCUGAGAAUGGCCAGGGAUUUGUCCUUGUCACCCAGAGAGGAGGUGUGGAGCUCAGCCUGCCCUUGCCAUGCACUCCCCCACCUCAGCAGUCUUCUCCAAGGCCUGGCAGGACAGUGGGAUGGGGAGGGAGCACAGAGCUGCCAAGGGACCUAGGGAGAGAGAAGUCGAGGGGUAGGGAAGCUGGGCAUCGGCCUUUCCUUGGAGUGGUAUGAAAGGUCCUGUGGAAGACAGGGGAGCAGCCGAGGCAGGGGACAGAGAAGUAAGUUUCAGAACUCCCUGAAAAGUCAGGUCCUCCCCCCCAGAGCUAAACCUUCUCACCUCACUGGACCAUGACCAAGGGCUUCUGAGUUAUAUGGUGACAACUUCUUGAGCUCAGUUUUGUGACAGUGGGAUGAUGGUGGCAUUGUGGUUUGUAAGGUCAGGAUGUCAUUAGCAGAUGGAAGAGUUGGGGACUGAGACCAUUGGUAUGACCACAUCUCUCUGUCCCCAGGCUUGGGGCCCCAGCCUUGGAACUGCAUAAGAAAAUCUCAUCGCUGUGAGCUGAGGACAGUCCAGGAGGCCCUGAGUGGGGUCCAUGAAUGACCAAGAAUGGCCCAAGGGACACUCAUCCCACAUCCCCAGUUCCCUCAGGUCCACUGCCACUGGUAGCUCAAGGCCCAUUGUAUCCUGUUCUUGGGAUAGAAACCUUCAGCAAUCUCGGCAUCCCCAGGGACAGCGUGGCCCAGCUGCCCAGUUGUAGUCAGGGACCCAGAUGAACAUCUCAGUCUCUGUCCCCCAGGGGCACAGGCUGGAAUUUGGCUGCCACAUGGCCUCUUGUUUGCCACGGCCCAGAACCGAUAGCUUCUUGCUUCUGCCACGUUUCCUGAGUUUAGUGUGUAUAUAUGUUUGAAUGCAUGUGUGUAUAUCUGCGUGUGAACAUGUCUGAUGGGAAUGGGGCUGUUGAGCAGGAGGAGGAACUCCUGAGGUGACCUGUCUUUCCUGUACAAGAAGGAUCUUGGCUUAUUAGAAGUGUAGAAGUGCUCAUGAAAUCUGAGGGCCUGACCUCUCAGACCUCUCAUUGCAGGGAAGCUCCUCCCUGAGCAUGCCCAGACAUGGGCUUUGGCUGUACUCUGGCAUUGGCACUGGCCUGGAUUCUGGGCUCAGUAGCCUCAGCCAGGAGAGAGGCAAGGACCAGGCCUUAGCCUUGUGCUCACAUCCUGCUCUGGCCUUGAGUAGUGUGAGCUUCUGCUUUCCCUGACCCCUAGCUACUUCCGCUCAUCCAUGGUGCCCUUCCUGCGUGAUGGGGUCGUGAUGCACUUUAUUUGCAGUCUGUAUUCCAGGCAGCAAAACUUCAACAGAUUCAGAGACUCAACCUGAAUGACCCUACAUUUCCAUGUGUGAUGAACUGCACCGCCAGCACUGCCUUGUCAACAUUGCGUUCUUCUUUCUGGUGUUGUCACAUGUUGUUGUCUGUCCAACUCAAAAGAGAAACCCUUGAAUUCACUACGCUGA